AGUCUGUGUACCUUCCCGUGAGGAACAAUCACGCUUAUAUUCCGACAGGGCCGCCAUACUGACGACGUCAAACAGUUGGAUCAACCGGACAAGGUGGAAAACAGCUGUGUUUUUGUAAAUAUUGAUUACCACGUGAAUUUAAACCCCCCGUAUCCGUAUCUACACUGACGGCGUAUCCUGAUUCCGGAUGUCAAGCAAUCGAAGAUAACGUGUAGGAACAAAGUCAUUUUUAUCUCUAAAAGUAAGGCUGACUAUUGACCGAGGGGUGUCUGAUAAACAGUGCUUAAACCGUCUACUGACAGCAGAGAUAUUGUGUUUGCUUAAAUGUCAGGGCAACGUGUUAUCAACGGAACACCGCGACACGUGUAGUGAGGGAAAGUGAAAGUACCGGCAGAAUUGUUGUGAGAAAAUUUUGGAACUGCUCUUCGGAAGAUUUUUUCUGCGGUGCAGCUUACCCUAUCUUUAAUAAUACUCCAAAAAUGAGAUUGACCUUUGAAAACGACUGAGGACAUCGUGCACCUGAGAACACCCUACACCUGAGAACGCCUGCCCCUAUAAGGACACUCUCAACCUGAGGACACCUGCACCUGAGGAUACCCUGUGCCUACUAAUCUUUAAACAACAUCCAAAAUGCCGGGCUUACACAGCGAGUCACGUGAUCAGUUAACCCCGGAACCGAUAGAACCCUUGCGCGGAAGGAUCACCGCCUACCUGUCGAUGGCCGUUUUCUCCGCCAUUAUGGGGUCGCUGCAGUAUGGCUAUAACACGGGAGUCAUCAACGCUCCCGAAAAGAAAAUUAAGGAAUUUAUGAACGCGAGCCAUGCUUACCGCUUCAACACGCCGAUGGACGGGGACACACAGCUUAAUCUCUACUCUCUUCUCGUCGCCAUCUUUGCUGUCGGUGGAAUGCUGGGAGGUUUGAUGGCUGGUUGGUGGGCGGACUUCUUCGGCAGAAAGUUUGGGAUGCUGCUGAAUAAUGCCUUCGCUUUCGCGGCCGGGGGACUCUUUCUGUUCAGUCGAGAAGUCCACUCCUACGAGAUGGUUAUAGUGGCCCGGUUUCUGAUUGGCUUCAACUGCGGUCUGUAUACGGGACUAACUCCGCUGUAUCUGACGGAAAUUGCCACGGCGGACAUUCGGGGCGCUCUCGGAACUCUCCACCAGUUCGGCGUUACCAUAGGGAUCUUCCUGUCACAGAUUCUCGGUUUUCCGGAAAUCCUCGGUAAUGGAGAAUAUUGGCACGUGCUUCUAGGGUUGUGUGUGGCCCCGGCAGCCAUUCAGCUAUUGACGAUGCCGUUCUGUCCGGAAAGCCCUCGGUAUUUAUUGUUAACCAAAGAGAAAGAGGUGGACGCUUUGAAUGCUUUGGUAAAACUCCGAGGGACUCCGGGAGUGGACGGGGAUAUGAAUGAAAUGCGACAGGAGCACCAGGCCAUGCAGUCAGAGAAAAAGAUUGGAAUACUCCACCUCCUGAAGAAGAGGUCACUGCGCAUGCCCCUGAUCAUCAGUGUCGUCAUGCAGCUGUCACAGCAACUGUCCGGAAUCAAUGCAAUAUUCUAUUAUUCCUUCAAAUUAUUUACGAGCGCCGGUAUUUCCGAUGAGAUGGCUGCGCACGCAACAAGUGGAAUCGGCGCCAUCAUGGUUACGAUGACGCUCAUCACGAUUCCUCUGAUGGACAGGAUCGGUAGGCGGAGCUUACACUUGACAGGCCUGGGUGGGAUGUUCUUCUUCAGCAUCCUCAUCACAAUAACUCUCUCACUGACGGACAAAGUCACGUGGUUCGACAAGGCAAACGUGGCCGUCUCCCUACUAUACGUCGUCUUCUUCGCCAUUGGCCCAGGUUCUAUUCCUUGGAUGAUAGUUGCCGAACUAUUUACGCAGGGACCGCGAGUUUCCGCAAUGAGUAUAGCAGUCCUCGUCAACUGGGUGUUCAAUUUUGCUGUUGGAUACUUUUUUCCGAUUAUGCAGAAAGGCCUGGGGAACUACUCUUUUCUACCCUUCACCGUGUUGCUGCUUCUGUUCUGGAUAUUUGUGUACAUCUAUCUACCAGAAACUAAAAAUAGAACUUUCGAGGAUAUAGCGUCGUCUUGGAAGAAAUCUCAAAACGAUACGGGGAAUCCCCAGGCUAAAUAUACACCAAAGGAAGACACAGCAAUUGUGCAAUUUCAACAAGAGCAAACUAAUAAUCGAUGACGUAGAUUUUUAGUAUAGAUGUUCUUGAUUGGGACGUAACGCGAUACCAUAUAUCACCACAUGUAUAGAGAUGGAUAUUUGAAACACACCAUGUCGUAUAUUAGAAAAUGUAGAUAAUUUGAAAAUUUAUCUAUUCAGAUUCGCCCAUACAAAUACUUUUAUUUUUAGAUCUGUUAAUUUUUCCGUGCAUACAUUGUAUUUAGAAUAUGAAAUGACAAUAAAGCCUUACAAAUACAAACA